ACCUUUUUACCUAUUAAGCAAAUCAGAGAAAGGUUUCUAAAAAGAGUAUACUUUUUUAUUAUUUUUGUUCCCAUUUUUCCCCAAUUCCGGUCUGCCACGGCUCUACCUGUCACUAAAUCCAGUUUCUAUGAAGUCUGGCAGUGAAGGGGAGUUAUGCCCGCAGGCUGACAGCAUUGGCUCCUCAUGUAGUACCAGUACGCUGGCAUCAUCUGUCAUUGAAGUUGAAUCUGGUCAUGAUGAUCUGGCCUUAUGUCAAGAUGACGAUGAUUUGACCCCACUCCCUCCACCACCAACACUGUCUAUUACGGAAGAAAUCAUGCAGUUUAUUAACCAGAGCCGCGCUCGAGAAGGGAUGGCAGAGUUAUCGUCUGAAAUUUGCCAGUCGACUCCAGAAUCUUUGGAAGUCAAGCCUUUAGAGGUACAACAGUUAGACGAAUCCGAGCCACUGGUACCUGAGAGAAAUGAUGACGAGCAUCAGAUAAUCAAUCUUAAUAGAUCAGAGAUAGAAACUUUUGUAGAUGAUGGGUCAGACAAAACCGAAGACAACCAUCCAUCCGAUGAAGCAAAUUAUUCUCCAGUAGAGCACCCUGAGAGAUCAUCAUCACCAAUGCACAACUACAAAGAAGUGAAUCAGUCAGACAAACUGACAGAGCUCGGUCACAAUGAUUCAUCCAAACAUGAAAUCGUCAUGCCGCUAAGCCAAAAGGAGUGUGAAGACACAGUGGACACUUUUACUAAAAGUGAAGCGCCUCACCUAUUAUAUAAUCUGGACAAAACCACUAAUGACACAUCAUGUGAGGCCAAGUCAACUCCUGAUCAUGUAUCUACCACAUUAAAAGCAACUGACAGCUCUCUGGUACCCAAAGAGGAGGCAGAGCAAAAGCUGACCAGAAGUGACAGGCAGAUUAUUGAGAAAAUACGCAGUUAUUAUGAGGCAGCAGAGGCAGUUGUGGAGGAGGGUCAGGUGACACGUAGAAACAGCUUCUCUCAAAUUCCUACAGGUCUAGUAAAGGAUUCUGUGUCUCGAUUCAAUGUUUGUGUACGGCAAGAGAGCCUGGUGGACUCUGACAGAGGUUGUUCUGAGUGUACUGAAAAUGAUUCAACAUGUUCACUACUCCCAAAGACAAACCAAACCGAGAUGACCAACCAUCAGGAAUCUGCUGAUACAGCCUCUCCUUGGUCCCUUUCAGAUGUUAGCCGAGAACAAGAAGAAAAAUUAGACAGCAGGUCAGACGUUGAAAGGGAGGAACAGAUUUGUGAUUUUACUCCCUGCAUGAAGCUUUGGAAGGAGAAAGAGAAAAUGGUUGAAGAGUCUCAGAACAAUCUCUCAACCGUGAAAGAAAACAGUUCUGCUGAACCUACAGAUACACUUGAAAAAGAGACAUCCAUAAAUUGCGUAAUGGGUUUAGUACCACAGUCUGAACUUUCACAAUGUGAUGAAGAUACUUCCACUCCAUCUAAUUUGCUGACAACAGAAAAAGCUGAUAAAUCUCUUCAGUGUGUUGGUAGAACCAGAUCUCAGAUGUCUCCAAAUGGAAGCCUGGAUAGCCUUCCCAGUCAGAUUAAAGUCGGCCGAUGGUCUCGGCCCGGUGGCAAGUUGGUUUCAUGUAGCCAUACCCUUUACGAAGGAAUGGCAGAGGUACCAGAUUUGGGAUUUUUUGAGGGUGGACCAGUCAACCAAUGCUUGGUGGAGAACUCAGAAAAGAUUCUGAAUAAAGUGCAAAUGCUUGCACGCAUGUACACCGCCAAGGCAAGCAGCAUGAAGGUGCCGCUACAUCAAAAGAGAACACGAGCGAGUAGGGGAAAAUGGUCAGUGGAGGGAACAGUGAGCGGCCCACCCAAAUCUGAGCGACAGAUGCACCAGGCGGAUGUGAGAAUAAUCUGUCAACCGGAUCUUAUAGAGUCAUCAGUACUUCCACCUUCUGAACCGCUUGGUCACAUCAUUAUAAGGGAGCAACUGACUACAAAAUAUCAUCAAGAAAAUUAUUGUAAUCUCAUUGGGCCUCCCCAGGAGAUCUCAUCCGUUGAAUCUAAUACAUUGUCUUUUUCUUCUGUUGAAUCUUCAGUUCAAGUGUUAUCAGAAAGAAAAACUGUUGUGGAAUCACAGGUCUCUGUGACCACAAAUCAUAUUGAGAGCUCAUUGGAAACAUGUGAGUCUCUCUUAGACAAAAAAGAUUUCCAAGGAGAUGAAUCACUCCCGAAUUAUUCUGAAGCGCAGGACCGAGCUGAUCCACAAAUGGCAUUCAACCCCUGUGGAUUACCAUUAGCCCAGCAUGCUGACAACAUGCCACAUUCUCCUCAAGAGAAACGUAUAAAUGAUGAUGACAAAUCCAUUGAAAUAAAUAUGACUGAAGAAGGGCAUCAAAGACAGAUAUUUCAAGAGGAGACACCUAAUUUUGUGAACAAUUCUGAGUCUACAAGUGUCCUUUUUACUGAUCCAUUAGUCAUUAAACAUUCCGAAGUGACUCAUGGGGUAGAGGAGGAAAAUGAUUUAGUUGUAAAGCCCAGUGAAAGUGUAAAACUGAUGUUGCAAUCAUCAACGGAUACUAAACAUGAUGAAAAGCAACAUUUAACAUUUCAGCAGGCAUGUGUUGAUGCUGAAACCAUGGGCAGUAGUAAAUUGGUGUUCUCUGAAGAUAAUGUAGAUGUAUGUCACCCAUUCCAGUCAUCAGUCUCCUUCGACAGCUGUGUUCCAACCACAGUAAUCAUUUCGGAUCAGUCACAUUGUCUGGCACAAGAGGCUAAAACUUCAACACAAGUGGCACCUUUGCUAGGUUCAUGUGGCAAGUGUAGUCCUCUGGAUGUCAAAGACAACCUAAGCUCACCUUCUACAUCCUCUCUAGAUCCACCGGCAUUGAAUGAGCUUACACAGUUUACUAACCAAAGACCACCUAAUCUACCAUCCACCACAGGAAAAAGAAGUCCCAUCGCCAGUUGGAAUACAUCAUCUUUACCAACAAAUCCCCAAAGACCACCACAUACUUCACUCCACACUGAGGAACAGAUUCAGGAUCCUUCCGUUCCUGAUCUCCAACCUCACCGGCAAUCUUUCUCUCAGACUCUUAAUGAUAAGCCUCCCUUUGGCUGUGGACGUCCACUAGAUAUGAAACCACCUUCUGCCUUCAGCUCCAAUCUGCGAAUGCGCUCACCCUCUCCUAUUAGAGGUUCCCAAAACACCAGACCUUCCUUAACACACUCUGCUCUUAAAAAGUCUCUUGCUGCCUCUUGUAUCAGUCAGACAAUUCAAAGCAUGGCCAAGAAGGGUGCACAUCUCCAGACUGCUCCUUCACCCGUAAACUCCCCUUCUCCCCUCCCCACUUCAUCUAUGAGACUGCGGUCAUCAUCUCCUAAAUCCAUCACACUGGAGUCAAGUGUGGAGCCCAGUUUUGAGUACACAUCCAGCACUGGAAUAGGUAGUCAACCUUCAAAGUCCUCUCCAUCCCCCUUCAGAUCAAACAGCCUUCGAUCCAGCCCGACAACAGUUCAGUCCACUCCUCCUUAUCGCAGUCAACGAUCGAUAUCUCCUUCACCUCCAGUUUGUCUCAAUUCAAUCCCUUCUGCUAAAAGCCAAAGCUCAACUUCUCGUGAGCAGAAUCCUUACACCAGCUUGAAUGGAAAUAACAACAAUAACAACAGUUUGAGCGAUAACGGGUGGGCCACCAACCACAAAAAAGCGACACAUGCAAAUGUUGGCGAAUCCUCUUAUUUCCACGAUCCUCAACGAGCAACACUGCACAACAGGGUGGCUCGGCCCUUUCCGUUCUCUGAACCCAGCUCUCGUGUGCAAUCUCCAUCCCACUCUGUUUGCCCAUCUCCGAUCACCCGAAUUUGCUCCCCUCCACCUGCCCAAAGCCACGGCAUUCACUUGGUAACAAAACCACCUAAUCCACGAACCCCCAGACAAGGUGGAGCCGGCUUUUUUACCCCUCUUUGUUUGGAACUGUCAAGAUCAUCAUCUGUUUAUUCACUGUCACCCUGUCAGAGCCCCAGAAUCAUCUCUCCUCCCCCUAUUGGCAUUCCAACAAGCGUAUGGGGCUUUGCUAACCCACAGCCUAGGAAUCCCUCAUUAACAAAUCCAUCCUCACCAACAACAGCGGAGGCAAACACCACACAAAGAGGAACCAGAAUCGUGUCGCCUGCUCCAUCAGGCACGCCUUUGUGUUCAGCGAGUGUUCCUCAGAUCCAGCGGAGGCUGAGAGGAAGUAGUUUCCCUUUCGUUACUUUAGGUGAUAGGCCACCCAGUCCAGCUAGACAUGAACGCAGAUCUUGGGCAGAAAGGGGACGAUGGUCAGUGGGUUCUGAAUCAGGGUUAACAAGUCCUUGUGGGGGUUCAUACAGCGGUAGCCCAUCCUCUAUCAGUCCCGGACCUCUUUCACCUGUUAGAAUAACAACUAGCGGAAAACAUUUCACAAGCAUUGCAUGGCCAGAUGUACAUGAUCUGUUGUCAAAAUAUAACACAGAGCCCGGUGUUGAAACUGAUACAUUGUCCUGCACAACGACAGAGCAAGAUGAUAUAAAGUUAGCAGAAACUACGUGUCGGAGCACCCUGAUUUGUCCCUAUGUUGGUCAAACCAGCCCUGACUGUGAGAAAGACAUUGCCAUUCAGUUCACAAGUGAGAACAAAACAAAGGACGAUGUUCCCAGUCAAGGGGCUAAAACAACUUUCAAAACAAGCUACGCCACCACUGUAAACUUGCAAAUUGCAGGAAGUGGGAGGAUAGCUUCCUUUAGUAAUGCACAAGUAAGCCUGACUCAAACACUGGCACCUGUGACAGACAGCCAGAACAGAAGAAGGGUCAGCAUCAAUAGCUGCAACUUGGUGGUGGUAGGAGAUCAAGGAUCACUUCAUUCGGACUAAAUGAGGAUGUAAGAAUGACAAAAUACGGGUGUCAGCCAAUUGACUUUGCUAUGGCCAGUGAUUAUAUUUUUAAAUCCCUCAAUUACAGCAGGUGCUUUAUUCUGGCCAGAAUACCAGUAAAAUGUCAAUAAAAUGUUUGUUUUUUUCUGCAGUGUAAUUUUAUUUCUUUUUUUAAGAUGUUUAAGACUAUGUAAUAUACAAAUGUAUUGUGUGAACCAAAGCCUCUGUCAUCAAAGGCUUUCAGUUUCUGUGAUAUAUGCAGAACUCUUAUUUAUGAAGUAGUUGUUUUCUGGCACUUAAAGGGGAACUCCGCCCAAAAAUGAAAAUUCUGCCAUUAAUUACUCACCCUCCAGUAGUUUAACAUCCCUAGGACCUCCGUUUUUCCCCAG